AUGGAUACCGCAAAUGUGGGAUAUUCGUAUCACUUGCCUACGGGCGGCUGGAAUUACAAAAUUCGUAAUACACUGACACAAUUCAGUGAUUUGUUCAGCGAAUUUAAUAAAUAUAUCGCUCCGGCAUAUCAUCAUGAUCGCUGUGAAAGAUCGGUUCCUAUGAGGAUUUAUUCAAUGCACAAAGGGGAGUUCGUGAUGGUGUUCAUUGCGUUUUUCGCAUUAUUCGGAUUGGGAGUCUUUAUAGGGCUUGCAGGUCCGUCCCCAACAAUGACUACGUCAAUGUCCGCAUCUAGUGUCUUGACGAACUCAAGCACCAUGUACCAGGGUCCAUUUCAUCUGCAUAGCCCAGCGUUGGGCACCCAAGCCCAGCAACUGUGGCUCUUCGCAGAAAUACUCACAAAUAAUGAUGAUGACGAGAUAUUCGACAAGCGCUUCCAAAUCAGUAUUUCAAUUGAAGGUGUACUGGCCGACCAUACCACUACCGAAAUAGUGGGUGAAAACGAAGCUCCGAACAGGACACAACACUUAACGUGCAAGAAGAGUACAUGUGAUGAGGUUCUAAUCAUGCACCUCGGGGUCUUAGAAUAUACGCACUAUGUACUCAAUAUUAACUUCUACGGGCUUCAGGAGUUCCAUAAACGAUAUGUUAUUAGAGAUAUCAUAUUCUAUUUCAAGACGUAUAAUCCAGCUUUCACUCAAUUGGAACUGUGGUUCAGAUUUAUAUUCGUUCUUACGACAUUUUCUGUGACGUUUUCAUUCUUCUAUGCGUUGAGAAGAUAUCACUUAACAGACUGGUCCCUUGAACAGAAAUGGAUCAGCUUUUUACUGCCGUCCCUCCUCAUGGCCAACGACCCAAUGUACCCGCUGCGAUUAUUUGCCGCGAACUACUUCGCAACAAUGAUGAGUGACAUGAAUAUGAUCCUGCUCAUCUGUUCGAUUCUGCUCUCGUGGUUAGCCCAGUACCAUGGACUUCGACAGAAUGACAGAAACUACAUGAGCUUCUACUUGACGAAAUAUUUCUUGGUGUCCCUGCUGAUGGUGCCGGCCUUGGUCCUCUCCUACUGGCAGAAGUGUGUCGGAAUAUUGGACCCCACCUACAACUAUAUGAUGAAUCCAGCGUACCCUGUCGUGAAAGGCUUGUUCUUCUGUGGUCUCACGAUGUACUUCCUGUAUUUGAUGGUUUUGAUUAUAAAAGCCUACAGUGAUUUGAGGAAUAUGCCGUUUUUUGACAUCCGACUGCGUUGUUUGUCAAUAGUGGUGGGCACAGUCAUAUUCAUCAUGACUUUGCUGUCGAUACAAGGAUGGGGUGUGGCAGGUCUACAGGACCACUGGGCUAGUCAACCCAAGGUUCAUUAUGACACCUCUGCACCGUUCAUGGCCAUGAUGGGACUGUUCAACUUCAAAAUAUACAUACUGGCUUAUUUGUUCUCACCCGGAGGAGGCGCUGUCCACGAUAUGGCAAUAACCAAAGACAACCCAGCUUUCUCAAUGAUCAACGAUUCAGACGAAGAAGUUAUUUACGGUUCUGACGAGGAAAGUCGUCGCCCACUCAACUCUCAUCAUAGAAUUACUACUGACGAAGAUAUAUGA